AUGGAGCGAGUCGCAGAGGGAAUCCAUCCUCAUGGCUUACCGCUAUCACCAGAUUCCAUAGCUUUCUCUCCUAGCUCGGCCUUGCCCCAGCAUUACGAGCAGAUCCGGGACAUGGGCUUUCAAAACAUCGCGAGCGAUGUCAACCAGCUGAUGAAAGAGCGCGCAGCUCUUGAUCACAAGACCGUAUGGCUUUUCGGACAUGCCCAACAGCUGUGCGAGAACCGAGGCAAAGACAUAUUUCAACUGGUUGCCGAAAAGCAAGAGCUUUCAAGAUCACUGGACCAAGCGGGCCUCGAAAAGCAACAGCUGUCCAGAUUUCUGGAAGAGGCGGCACCGCGGCAUCAACAACUCGUGGAUGAGCUCACUGGCUCCAGGGCACAAGAGGCCGAAUAUGGAGAGGCGAAUGCCGAGCUGCGAUUGAGGAAUGAUCAGCAGCAAGAUGAUCUCGACCGUCAGGAAGAGCGCCUCAUUUUCCUCCAGGAGGAAAAGGACAAGUUGGAGGCCGAUCUCACGUUGGAAAGGGCGCAAAGCAAGGCCGCAAAUGAACAGCUCGCCUUAGUAUCGGAGCGCUGCGAUGGUCUUAAUGAGGCCGCAGCGGAUUUCAAGGAGACAAUCACAAGUCAGAAAGGAACCAUCUCAGAUCUCAGCGACCAAUGCCGCACGCUUCGAAAACAGAACGAAGCCUUGAAUACCGCCAACGUCGAUUUGCGAAAUGAAGAGACAAUUGGUAGUCGAGCACUCAAAGAAUCCUACGACACAAACGAUACGCUCAUGGAGGACAUUGCUGGCCAUACUAGACGCGAGGAGGAGGACGCCUUGAGGAUUGCGAAACUGCAGCACGAGAUCGACACACACAAGCCCAUCAAGGAAGUGGAGGAAGCCAAUCGACAGCUCCAGGAAGAGAUCGAUGAGCUGCGACAAUGCGGCGAAACCCAGGCCGCCAAAUUCCUGCAGGAGGAGGAAGCACGAGAACGUGAAAUGAAGAGUUUGCUCGCGCAGAUGAAGGACCUCAAAGCCCAGUGUGCUGACGCUGAGCAGAAGCGAGAGGCGGAGCAGAAACAAGUGGCUCAUCUCACAGCCAAAGCAAAGGAGCAGCAAGCUCAGGCCGACCUGUCCACUGCCGCAAAGGAUAAGGACAUCACGAUAUUGUGCGGCAAACUCAAGCGAGAGAGGGCUGAGAAUGAACGCAUCAGAGGGCUUGCCACUGCAAUUCACACUCCUGGUGCCGGGGUCCACCGCGGCAUGGUGACAGCUCCGACCGACGGGACUGUACAAGACCACGAUGAGGCGGCACCGCCGGCGAAGCGGCAGCGCGCGGAUCCUGUUCCGCAGGACAUCGCGAUCGGCGCUGGCAGAAGACAGCCCUUCCUGCUCCAUGUUUCUGAACAGCCGGCCAUUCAUCAGCUUCCAUCGCUGACCGACCCCAGCAUAGACCAGAGAUGUCGAUUAAUUGGCGAUGCGUGCGCAAUGGCUGCUCAACGGCAAUUCGCUGAGGUCGAAAGCACACACAGAGAGCAAUUGAACCAGGUGAAAAAGCGGAGUGCCAAUCAAGACAUUGAGAUCUACAACCUUGGAAUUACCAAUUUGAGACUCAGGGACCUGCUGAAGGAGGCAGAAAAGCAGAAUGCAGAAAAUCGGGAACUGAGAUUGAAAUUUGAAAAGGAGAUCGAUCAGCUGAAACUUGAUCUUGACAAUCGCGCGGCUGAGAUGGUCGCCAUGCAAUUGCGGAAGGACGUUCUCGAGAAGGAGUGUCGCCAACGUUUCGAUGAAGUUGUCCGCCGCGCCACGGAGGACGCAGAGGAGCAUGAAGCAGACAUUGCGCUCGUCAGAAGUGAAUACAGCUUCGAGAUCUCUGCAUUGUGCAAGCGCGAAACUGAGCUUGCCGGGGUGGUCAAGGUGGCCAAGGAGAGCGCGCAGAUGAAGGACGAGGCCAUUGCUGGUUUGGAGGAUGACCUUCGUGUCUCCGAAAAGUUCAACGAGGCCCAGUGCUUGGAGAUCGAGGCAUUGCGAAGCAAAGUGACAUUGGCCGAUGAGAGGCUGACAGAGGGCUCCGUUACGAAUGCUGCCCUCGUGCAGGAGGCUGUGGAUCGUGCCGAGGGGCAAAAAGAGGCUUCGUUGACUAUCGCCUUACUGAAGCGUAUUCUUGCAUCGAACAAAGAGUCCACGGCGAAGCUCGAGUUGACCAAUCUAGAACUUCAGGGCCAGAUCGCGCAGCUGGAGAACGACUGUGGCCUCCUAUCCUCACAACGCGAGCAGGAGAAGUUGGACCACGGCAUUGUAUGCAAGGAGCUUUCGGAGGAGAUGGGGAAGCAGCUGGCAGAGGUCGAGCGAUGGAAGGCAAACAUGCAGCCGAGCAGGAGACAGUAA